AUGCCUGUGACAGUCGUUGCCAGUAAGCCGACCUCUACGGAAGAACUCAAUCCUAGAGAUUACAAGUUCAUAGUGAAUCUUGGAGACCAUGUUUUCCGCGGUGUCCAUCAUGGAAAGCAGAAGCAUGAAGACGAUUUUGAGGCCAUGCUCGAACGCUCACGAGCCGCUGGGGUCAAGUCCAUGAUCAUCACAUGCGGCAGUUUACGAGAAUCCAAAGAGGUUUUGGAUUUGGCAAAGAAGCAUGAGAUGUACGCCACCAUGGGAUGUCAUCCCACUCGUUCUACGGACUUUGACAAGUACCACGGCGGACCAGAGGCUUACCUUCAAGCAUUAGACUCUCUCGUCGCCGAAAACCUAACUGGCAAGGGGCGUGUGGUCGCCAUCGGUGAAUGUGGACUUGAUUACGAUAGGACACAUUUUGCAUCUCCAGACGUACAGAAGAAGUACUUCAGAGUACAGCUAGGCCUGGCAAAGAAGUACAGCCUACCUCUGUUUCUCCACUCACGAAGCGCGCAUGCCGACUUCGUCCAGAUCCUGCGAGAGGAAGGCUUUGGUGAGGACGGUGGUCGUGCCAUUGGCGCAAAAGGUGGAGUUGUGCAUAGCUUUACAGGAUCCGUUGAAGAAUGCCAAGAAUACAUGAGUAUGGGAUUCCACGUUAGUGUCAACGGCUGUUCCCUGAAAACAGAAGAUAAUCUCACUGCUGCAAAAGCAAUACUUCCAGAGAGGUUACUUCUCGAAACUGACGCUCCAUGGUGUUCGAUGACCUCGACGCACGCGUCCAAGCGCCAUCUAGAUACUCUCCCCCCAUCCCUUCGUUCAGUAUACUUCCCACCUGCUACUAAGCCCGAGGCCUUCGUGCGUGGAAAACCGGUGAAAGGCAGAAACGAACCAUCAGCAAUCGGUGGUGUUGCUUGGGUCAUCCACCAACUUCACCCAGAGAUACCAUACGAGAAGAUUGUUAAUAAGGCAUGGAAGAACACGGUAGAGCUUUUUGAAUUGCAGGAGCUCGCCUAA